UCUGCACCACCUGUUUGCUACGACACCACUGCACGCGAUCCAGGCCUGCUCUUACGACUGAGAUUUCCAAUCUGCUUUGACGUACGACCUUUACCCGUGCUCAUGCCGCAGUUGCAAGUUCCUUGUACAGUAAGAAACCACCAUCAUGUCUGCUUCACGGUAUCCGGAGAACGGCAGAUACCCCCGCGACAGGUCGCCGCCCUAUCGGGAUCGAGACCGAAGACCAUCCAACUUUAGUAGCGGAUACCCCCCAAGGGGUAACGAAACCUUUAGACCAAAUGCAGAGCCUGGCGGCUUCUCAAGAGAAGUUCCGAAAGGCCCAAAAUCUCUUUCCGAUGCGCCACGUGGCCCGCCAGUGGGUCCACCAUCAAGUGCAUCUGCAGCGCCACGCGAUGAUAGAGGCCGAGGAUUUGCUGGCCGAGGUGAAGCUACACCACUACGUACUGCGCCACCAUUAAGCAGCGGUCCUGGGUUUCCGCACAACUCCCAAAACUCCUGGAGGGCAGAUCGCGACCGAGACCGCGACUUUGAUCGGCGCGAGCGACGGCCAACUCCACCAAGGCGGUCACCUAUCCGGGACUCAAGAGAUCCGCGCGAUCAGAGGGACUUCGGACCGCGAGAGUUGGAUGUCAGUCGCGCACGACGAAACUCACGAGACGGCCCCCCUUCAGCUGGUUCCACCUACUCUGACCCCCCACCUCCUGGUACAGCUUCAUCGUAUCGUGGCGGAGGCAUUGGCCGAGGACGAGGCGGAUUUGCUGCUGGGCGCGGCCGGAACUUCCACAACGAUGACCGGGACAGACACCACGACUCACGUGAUCGCAUUCCGGAACGCACAUAUCGGCCGCGGAGUCGGACACCUCCAAGGCGCCAGGAACGAGACAUUCGGGAAGAUCGCGAUUUUGACAGGAGAGAACGUGAUGAUCGGAGAUUUCCCAGAGAGUACGACUCCUAUAUCGGUCCAGCAGGUGCUGCGAAACCAGGACUACGGGCAUUGGACACACAUCGGGGCCCGGGCCCUUCUGAUCUGAGGCAUCUACCUGGCACGCCUACGGGGCCAACACCGCACUCAUCUCAUCAUGCCUCUCCGUCCGACAGGCUCGGGCCUCAGGGAGAUACUUACUCAAGACGAUCUUCUGUUGCCAUCGAUCCUCUCUCAGCCAAGGAUCCUCGGCGGGAGCCAGGGAAAGACGAGGCUCUCCUUGCCAGCCGCGCUGAAGCGUCCAGAGAGAGGUACGCUCCGCGUGCUUCAUCGCCUCCUGCUUCCAUUCCAGCCUUCGGUGGUUCCAACGUUUGGAGGGCGCCUAUCUCGGACAACAAGCCAAGCGCUGUGACAGUGGCGCCAACGAAGUCUGCUCAGCCUACUCCUGCUCCUACUACUAACACCUCUGUCGGCCCUGUCACACCUGCUGCUCCUGUUACUCCUGUGAAGGCGGCAGUCAUCCCAACUGCACCAAAGGCAACAAUUCUCCAAGGCCUCUCGACAUUACCACCCACUGGGCCAAAAGCUGAUCGGGCGCCGGAUCGUCCGCUGCUUGGUGAUGUACCCAAGCAAGAGAGCAGAGCGGUCCAUCCGGCUCCAACACGUAUGGAACCACCUUCUAUCCCUCCUACUGUGGUUCCAUCUCAGGCCACUGAUGCACCGGGCUCAGACAAUGUAGCUGCCAAGGUCCCGAGCUCGCCCCAAAUGGCCGCGCCCCCCAAGGUUCCCUCUAUGGCACCAUCAGCUCCUUCAACAGCUCCUACUGCGCCAUCAGGUGCUGCAAAAUCGCCCCCACAAGGUCCUGCUGCACGACCGCGUCCACCACCUACAGCUCCUCAAGCGGCACGAGUCAACGUAUCCCCAUCGUUCUCAAGGGCAAAUCUACCACAGUACACUCCUCGAGAUGCAUCUCCCAGUGCGAAUCCUUCAGGCUUUGGUCCGCGUAGUGGUGGCGGAGGAGGCUCUGCGAUCAACACAUCGCCGCAAAGCUUACCAGCAAAUAUUCCCACGGGCCCCAAAGCUGACCGCACUCCAAUGGCUCCUAGGCCGCUUUCAUCCUAUCCGCAAUCAGACAGGCCUGGUUUUCCUCCCACUAGAGGCCCAUUGAGCGGCGGUCCUAAGAGCAUGCAAUGGGUACGACCUGGAUUCAAUUCGAGCCGACCGUCGGUGCCAACCAAGCGCGAAUUUCCGGCUGAGGAUCGCGAACGACCGUUCGGUACUGUCCCCAAAGCCCCGAGACUCGAGCAUAGUAUCUCUGCUGCACAGAUCCAGCGUAACUCGCAAGCAAAAUCAGUAUCGCCGUCAUUUUCACGCAUUCAAACCGAAACCGAGAGGCCGAGAGAACGUGCUGUAUCCGCAGAGCGUCCUGUGGUGCCCUCGCCUAAACCUACUCCGAUCGAGACUAGGCGAUACUCUGAUGUCGUCAUGGCAGAGGCGUCACCGCGGAUGGCCAAGCCACCCAUGUCGGCUGCGUCAUCCGCCCCGGAAGCUCUGCAAGACUCUGACGAUGAUCUUGAUCUUGACGAGGAUGACUUCGCUGAGUCUGAGGCAAAAUACAACCGAGAGCGAGCGCGCCUGGAAGCCAAACGGGUCGAUUUGAGUGCUCCGCAUUUGCGCGCUACAACUCCCUUGCAGGAGAUUGUGCUGCUGUCAUGUCUGAAUGUCGAGCAUCUUCCUCAGACACAGCCAGAUGUGGUGUCCGUAGAAGAGACAAGCACACCCUUGCCCCAAGAACAGGAAGAGUCACAUUUCUCACCUGUGCAACUACGUCCUAUGGAGCCAGCCGUUACUCAAGCCGCCCCAGAGAGUAUUGCGGCAGAUCUACCGACACCUAAGGCGGAAGAAUCCGAGGAUGUCGAGAUGGAAGACAAAGAGGAGACUAAAGAGAGGUCGGCCGCGCCCGCAACAAUGGCACUUCGCCUACGACGUGAGAACUCUGCCGACCAGGAAACCUUACCCGAUCUCAGUUCGUUGCCAUAUCUAGGCUCAGGUCCUCCAACGCCUCUAUCGGACAUUGGGCAAGACCGGCCAAACCUAUCUGACGAUAUCAUGAACGCCAUUCGAAGCAAAUUACGCAAGAGCAUCGAGCCCGAGCUGAACACUGAUCAAAUUCUUGAACGAUACGCAGCUACGUAUAGAGCCUGGCGUGUGUCCAUCCGUCCUUUGGACGAAGAGCGCGAUCAAGACGAUCAGGAUAGACAGCCGUCAGCCGAACCAACACUGAAGGCUGUCACUCCCGAUGUACAAAACGCUGCGAUGACAGGGAUUCUGGAUGGGUCGCUCGCACCUACAGGCCGGAGGAGCCACGCAAGUCGAUGGGCUACUGAGCUUGAUCUGGAAGCUGUUAUCAAAGAGUCUUUGAAGACUGCCGAAGAGGAAAAGCUGGGGAAGAAAGACAAAGAGCCACGGAAGGCCAUGGCUGAUCCGGAGAAGGAGGCCGAUCUACCCUUAGAGCUUACCGAGGCGGAGGCUCAGCGGAGAAGAUUCAUCGACACCAACUUCCAGCGCGAACCCGGUCAAGGAAUCUUCGUGUUCCACUAUGAGCCGCCAGAGGACGACUUCACUCCUGAGGAACACAGAGUCAUGGUACAUAACUACAAGGAUCAAUACGCUAAGAAGUGGGGCAAGCUGGCCGAAGUCCUUUACAAAGAGGUUGGAACUGAACGUACCUACAAGGAUUGUAUCAAUCAUUACUAUGCUACCAAAUGGGGCAGAGAAUACAAGGGUAAACUCCGCAAAGCACGGGCUCCUAGGAAGCGUGGUGGAGCCGUUGGCCGUGGUCGUGGAGCUAUCGCUAACAUGGACCGACCCGAAGGACCAGGAGAGGACGGUUUGCCCUUACCAGUCACUGAGACUGGACGACCUCGACGCCAUGCGGCACCCAAAUUUGGUCCAACCGAAACUGAGUUCGACCCGAUCACGGGAUUACCCAUACCAGGCCGAGCACGCAGGCAAACCGACGCCGACGACACACAAGAAAAGGCUAUGCGGCGUGGAAAAUCGGCGAAGGACAAGGUCGGCCGGAAGGCGAAGAAUACGCCACUCGCUGCCGUUCCUAUCGGCUCACCUGUCAAGGUCGAUCGCAAGGACAAGAACAUGGGAGUCAAGAUGGAGGACGACCUUGGCAAGCGACCCAUGAAUGAUAUGCCAAUACCCAUGCCACUUAUUCCUAUGGAGGAUCAGAUGAUGCUGGCCGGUGAUUUGCAGCAGCUUUCUGGUCUGCCUGGCAGUCUUAUAGACCGACCGAAGACACAGGCUGGUGCGAGACCUGGCCCAUCUAGCUACUGGUCCGUCUCCGAGUUACAAGACUUCGACAAGAAUGUUGCACACUUUGGCACGGACUGGAUUGCAAUCGCAAACCAUAUGGGCACCAAGACGCACACUAUGAUCAAGAACCAGUACCUGCGUCUUGUCGAAAGUGGCAAACUAGACUUGGAGCAGACAGCAAAAGAGGCAGAUUCUCGAAGGGAACGAGGUGAUGAUCUGGGUCCACCGCCAACACCGACUCCAGCACCUAAGAGACGAUACGAGAGCACACAGGCGGGACCUAUCCGCCCCAUCGCACCUACGCCUGAACAUGGGUCUCCGCCUCCGAACCCGCUUGUGCACCCCAAAUUAUCUCCUCCGCAUUCGACUCCUUCUUCGAGAUUCUCCACUAUCGCCCAAGCACCUGUGCAGAGCAAGCCCAUGGUGCCUCCGCCCGGAUAUCCUGCCCUACCGGAGACUAGCCUGGCGUCCGUACCCUCGAUACCACCACAGCAGUCGCCGCCCGCUCCCCCCCAGCGUGCACCACCGCAGCAUCAUCACCAACACUCCAUGUCGCAGCAUAAGUCGCAGCCGCAAGGGCCACGAGCUGGAUACUUUUCCGAAGACUUACCUCCACGUUUCGAGUCCCGGCCACCUUCACAACCUGCAGGUAACCAACAGGCGCACCGGCCAUUGCAACAACAUGCGCCUCCACAGCCUCGCGUUCAAGAGCAACACCACUCGCCUCUCUAUCGUGGACUUCACUUUCAAGAGCGAGACGGUGCAGGUAGACCUGAAGUUCAGCAGGAACAGGAGGCUCAGCGCCGGUUUCAUGAACAUACACGUCGCAUCUCACAGGAGAUGUCACAGCAUAGACCUUUUGCUCCCGGUGCUGCACCACCAAUCAUGCCGCCAGUACGUUCGAACUCUGGGCUGAGAUCGCCAGAACAUCGUCCGUUGCCGUUUUCGCACUCACGACACUCAUCGCAAGCGCAAUCGCUCAGCCAAACGGUGGCCGAUGUGUAUUCUCCGAGUCAUAGCACUAGCCAUGGUGCGCAACAGCUGCCGCCACGGUCGACCAUUCUUACACCGCCUGUCAAAGAAGAGCCUAGGAAUCCUCCUCCAGUUAGCCUUCCCCCAGCUCAACCCCAAGCGAUGCUUCACACUCAAUUACAGCAUCCUCAGCGCGGCCCACCACCUAUGCAAAACACUCCCCCACCUGCAGUAACAAAGCCGGUUGUCGAACCACGCAAGUCCAACUUGAUGUCCUUACUGAAUGACACCGAUCCCGAGGAGCCCAGACGUAAGAAGCCAAGCGAACAAGGUCCGCCAUCGCAUACCUCUACACCUCUGCAAUCAGCACCAAUCGCGCCUCCUCCUCCCACGACGCAAAGCUACUCGUCAUCGUCCAGACGUCCGCUUUACGAAGAUUCUAUGGCUGCUCAAUCUCCGUAUACCCGUCCAGCCUCGUAUGCUCAGCAGUCUUCACUUACAAACGCAACAUCAAACAGGCCAAUCGACUUGACUGAGGACAAGCCAUCAGUAAGUAGGCCAAGUCUGCGCGAUAGUUGGCAAGCCCAGCAGCCGUUCCACCGAGGAUUGUCUCAGACUCCACAAAUCACGUCGCUUUCCUCAACACCGACCGGCCUGCCUCAGCCGCCCAAUGUCAAUGAUAGGAUGUUUAGCAAUCAUCGUUCUGUCUUCUCCCAACAUAACACUCCACGUCAAAAUCCGACACCGCCACCUCUUGCCGGCUUCAACAACUCUCCACAUCCGCAUUCGCGCACUUCGAGCGUGAGUGGGCCGCCUGGGUCGUUGCCUCGACAUGGUAUCCCGAGCACCACUGCAGCACAGCAUGCGCAAGCACUGAGUGCAUCAUCGCAGAUUCUGCAGCCGAACCCAUACGCCCAAGUAGAUCCUCCGGGGAGUGGUGUCCCGCCACCUGGGCCUAUGGGGAUGCGGCCCAGUCCGCACCUGUCGACAAGCCACAUAGCACAGCAGCAGAGGGACUCAUCCGGACGCAACGACCACUCGCAGGCCUCAAACGCAAACCUAUCGUACUCGAACCCACAAACGCCCAACGAGCACACAGCCCACCCUUUCCAAGGGUUGAGUAGACUGACGGAGCCUUAUCGUCCUCGCGAUCCUCGUGAGGCCCACGACUUUGAUCCCCGUCACCCGGAUCGCGACACCAGCCGUGAACUGUCUCAAAGAGCCGAUUACCUACGUGAACAGCUUUCCAACCCCACGCUACGUGCGACAGGUCCUCCAGUGCACGAAGAUUUGCGAUACCAACCUCAAGAUCGGGGAUAUCUCUCGCAACGCUCACAGACUCCCCUUUCUAGGCCGGAGCACGGGCAGCCUCCACCUUUGCAGCAUCCUCCGCACUCGUCUCUUGGAGUGGCAAACCACUCCCUCUAUGGUCAACGCCCUCCCGAGGAACCACAACAUCACUUUAUGCGCAAUCCUCGUGAUCGCAGCAUGACAGACCGUAUUCGCGAGGAGCAAGCCCAAGCUCAACACCAAGCGGCGAUGAACCGAGAAGAGCAUAUGCGAAGAGAAGCUGAACAAAACUCAAGGGAACGCGAGAUGCGCGAACGAGAUGCACGAGAUGCGCACUACAGGGACAGCAUCAUGCGAGGAAGACAAGACAUGAGGGGUCCACCACCACAACCCAGCUCAGGGCCAGGGUCAAUCCAUGACCCUCGGCCACCUUCAGGACCUAUAGACUGGACGAGCGGAGUACGGCAUUCGCAGGACCGUGGACCAUGGCAACGAUAAGGGGUCGGUUCGAACGACGUUUCGGAUAUUACAUGCUAUACGCAUAUGAUUUCUUUUGUAUCUCAGUAGAUAGCUUCAGCGUUCCCGCCGUCAUGUU